AUGAGAAACGCAUCUCUAAUGACCAGAGAGCAGACAGAACAAAGAGCUGCAUUUACAGGGGACCAGCAGUCUGACACCUCUCCCACCCUUACGCUACCAAACCACAGUGUGCAAAACCGCUCAUCUGGACCCAAAAGACGUGAUUUGUGACCGUGUGUGACCGUAAAGAUGGCCAGAAGUCAGCAUUGUGAGAGGACGCACAGUGAGGGUGCGCGCGCUUCAGUCUGACGUCGCGCCGCUCGCUCCAGCGCUGCGCCUCUGUUGCGCUCAACAUCUCCAGCACAAAACCAACCCAAACGUGGCGAUCGUUCAGCGUGAUUUGACAUCGUGAUACCUGGGAAUCAAGGAGAUGACAUUUAGCGUCAACAUGUUGACCUUCCACCAGGAGAUCCUCUUUAACCUUUUCUUUAAUGUUCCUCACUUUCCAAAACCCCGGAUUGGCAUUGGACGUGUGAACUAAAGUCCUUUUGAAAACCACGUUCUGCGAAUAUCCAAAUAUUCUUCAACCUCACCCACAAUAGGAGAAGAUGAACAGUCCACCAAAGCUAGCCGGGGAGACUCUUAUUGUCCACCACAUUCCGCUGGUUCACUGCCAGGUUUCGAGCUCAAGACAGUGCUGUGGUAGUCCACUGAAAAGGAACGGUAAUCCCUUCAGCUGCCCAGAGAAUUUGGGAUUGAGCCGGACCACCUCCCUACCUGAGAGAGACAUUCUUCAGCGGGAGGCUUUGGUGUACAGCAGCCUCAUACAGACAUCGGGCAGCAGCCUUAGCUCUAGUGAUACUUUUGGGAAUGGAGGGAUGAGGGGAGGAGAGAAACAUGGAAGAGAAGGGAGGGAAGGGAGUAUGGCAAGCGACACUUCCUCAUUCACCUCAAGCAAUUCUGAAGAUCAGGCUCAAGGCCUUGUGAUGAAGACACGGCCGAACUCGAGGUGUAACCCCUUUCUGCUCAACACUGAAGAUGAAGAUGAAGAGGAGGAUGAAAACAAUCUGAAUGGAUAUUUGGAAGACUCCUCCUUUCACCUGCAUGGUAAUUCGCAUGGCAUCUCAAAUGCAGCACUUGGAAAUGAAGACUUGCCGCCGUUCCACCUGCAUGACCUUGGGUUUACUGCUGAACCUUUUCUCUUGCAUGAGUCUACAGAAAAACUGUGGAGUUCCACUAAUGGGCCUAGUGGGGAAGCAGAGAGCAGAGACCACACAAUAGGUGGAACUUUAGUGUUAUCUACUCACAUGGAAGGCCUGAACACGCUGAGAUUAGAUAGUCAUCGGCGCCACGGAAGCAGUGGUUCUACCCUUUCAAUGGACUGUGGUGAGCAAGAAUGGGGUGAGGAUGAUGAUUAUGAAGACCAGUCCAUGCAGGGCGGCAGAGAAAGCUCAGAGUGUUCCAGUCUCGCAGCACCACAUUGCUCCUGUUGCGGCCUUUCUCAGCCAUACCCUGAACAUUUUCACCAAUCGUUUUCUGAGUGUCACCCGGGCUACGGCAGUGAUUCCUCCUGCAUUAGCUCUGAUGGAGUGCCGGUAAACUUCAGCACGAUUUACAACAAGAUGAACAAUGUUGUCCCGACCAAACAGUUGCUCAAUAACAACAUUUCCAACGAGCAAUCCUGUGGCUGUUCUGUGUCUGAGCUUGUUGGGAUGGGUGGAACAGAACGUAGCAGUGGACAUGGAGCUUUCUACCUGGACUUACACACCUCCCCGAUCGAACCCCCCCGGCAUCCUUUGGCCACUCAAGAACAUGCCAAUUCUUCUUCUGUAUCUCAGCCUCAAGGUGCCGCUUUGGAACUAGAUGCCAACUGUAACUCGUACCACAACCUUCUCGGAAGCGAGGCAGGGUUCUCUGCUGAAACUGCUGCCAAUGAGCUCACCUCGUCUCUUCAAAGCCAAGCUCGCUUGGUUGUAGCAACACAGAAUUACUACAAGCUUGUGACGUGUGACCUUUCUUCCCAGUCCUCUCCCAGUCCAGCGGGAUCAUCGGUCACAAGCUGCUCAGAUGAGCAUAGCAAAGGAAGUCCCACUCAGCCGACAGAGUACUACCUAUUCCAACAAAUGAAAGAAGAGGAAGAUGCAGAGAAUGAAGAUCCAAGUGAGAAGGUGAUUGAAGGGCAGGUGUAUAUUAACAUCUCCCCACCUGUGACAGCCUGUAGUUCAGUGGGUGCUUCGGGGAGCAGUCGACCUCGUUCUCGUAGCUACGAUCGAAACUUGGACAAGUCUCUAUCUCCUCGUCUUGGAUCCUUGGAGCGCUUGCUCAGCUGCCCUGUUGGGCUCAGUGAGGGUGCAGCCCCGAGCCCGCCACCUCCACCACGUGUCACUUUUGCAGAAAUUGCAAGAAAUAAGAGGAGAACUGGAGGGUCACCAUCACAGAAAGGUGGGAUGGAGGCCACGUCCAUGCACUCUCAUUCAUCUGGAGAGUUCUCCCCUAUCCUGGAAGACCUUCCACAGGGUCAAAGCCACAGUUUGCCACCGCUCACUCGAUGCCAUAGUCAAGGAAGCUGUGAUUUGUCCUCUCCACAUAGAUCACGGAGUACACCACUGCGGGAAUCACCGGGGGGAGCGGGAAAACAGACUCGAACUAAAGCAGAAGGUGGCCUGUCUAGCUCCACGGACUCCUCUCCAGUUGUAAUUCGCUAUAACAAAGAUCAACGUCCAACCUCGUUACCCAUUCAGCCUUUCACUUUCCAGCACCAGUUUGGAAAACCACAGACGAAGCCUCUCCUUCCUCUUCUGGACGGAUACAUCAGCCAUAUGCAGAGUCGAGUGGCGGCAGCACCCGAGGGAGGUGAAGAUGAUUCCGAAGAAGACCGAAUGCCACCACACGGAUCCUCCAACACACCUACAACAGUGCGGCCAUCCCCACUGGGCAGCUACUCCCCAGUUCGCCUCCAAGUUGCACCCACCUCUUCUGGAACCUGCUCCACAUGCACUCCGACCCCGGGUGGUCCAAAGCCGCCACGUUCCCUCUCUUGCCCCAUCUCUGCAGGUCUACUGCCUGAGCACACCCCACCCGGAAUGACCACAUGUACAGAGACUCCUAAACCUCCUACACCGCCUCCACCUCCCCUGAUGAAGCAGAGUCAGCUGAUGCCUGCAUUGCCCACUAGAAAUCACUGUUUCCACCGUGGUAAUUUGCCGACUCUUCCCAGCUCUGGACUCAGUCCUCUAGGAUCACAGGAAGAGCCAGUGAAGGUUUUACCAGCAUGUGUGACACCGCGACAGCCUAAUGUGCACCACCUCUCCCCACAGGCUUUGAAAUGGAGAGAGUACAGGCGCAAGAACCCUCUCGGUGUGGAGCGUGGUAAAGACGGCCCUCAUUCUUUCUCUUGUGCUUUGGAAACCAAGAGACCCGGAACUCGUGUCAUGCGACGCAAUGUGUUUGAUUUCCCUCCCACCAAUCAACCGCUCGGCUUCGGUAGACUGAAUGGUCAGUCAUUGAGGCAACUUCCUCAGUGCUACAGUGACUUCCUGCCUGAUUACUUCUCUCAGACGGAGCGCCCCCCAGAGGAGUUCUGCUUAUCACCUGAUGCUAAUACUGACAAAUCCAUUUCUAUAGACCUGUUGCAGAAGAGAGGUUUGGUGAAGGCCAUAAACACAGCAGUGGAUCUGAUAGUGGCUCAUUUUGGCACCAGUCGGGAUGCAGGAGUAAAGGCCAAAUUGGGCAAUAGCUCUGUAAGUCCGAAUGUGGGUCACCUUAUUCUGAAGUACCUCUGUCCUGCCAUUCGAGAGAUACUUCAUGAUGGCCUGAAAGCGUAUGUACUGGACCUGAUCAUCGGACAACGCAAAAACCAGCCCUGGAGUGUGGUGGAGGCCUCCACACAACUCGGUCCCUCUACACGAGUUUUGCACAGUCUGUUUUCUAAAGUCAGUCAGUAUUGUGAGCUGACCAAUCACAGUAUGAGACUCAAUGCCUUCAUCUUCGGCCUGCUAAACUUGCGAUCUCUGGAAUUCUGGUUCAAUCACAUUUACACACAUGAAGACAUCAUAGCAGCACACUACCACCCAUGGGGUUUCCUACCCCUGUCUCAAGGGGCCUGCCAGCCACUGUUUGAAGAGUUGCUGCUCCUCCUUCAGCCGCUCUCACUGUUGCCCUUUGACCUCGACCUGCUAUUUGAGCCACACCAACUACAGAAAGGGGAAGAACACGUGAGACACAAAGAACAGCUGUGCUCUGCUCGCCAAGGCUUCGACCAAUCAGAUCGCUCUACCUUCCAGCUCAUGCGAGGCUCUGGAAUGUUGGAGUCCGGAGCACAGGAACUGGGAAUGCUGCCUCAGAGAGAAAGCUUCAUCUUGAGAGAUGAGGACAGCCGGCUUAGGAUGGAGGGAGUGACAUUAAAAACGAAACGAGAUGGGCGGAAAAGUACGGAACGUGAAUCGCGAGAUAAGGAGGCUGGAGUUGGCAAAGAGUGUUUGAGAAAGAGUAAUGGAGGACAGAUAGAAGGCGGUGGUUGGUGUGGUAGCAGGAUGAAGGGAGUUGGAGAAGACUGUGAGAAGGAGAAAAGGAAAGAUAGAGAUGGAGAUGGAGCCAAACAGAGAAACCGACAAGCUGGCUGGUGGUACCAGCUGAUGCAGAGUUCACAGGUUUACAUCGACAACUCCACUGAGGGCUCGAAAUUUGUGAAGUGGGAAAAGAGGAGGAAAGGAGGUGUUGAGAACCACCGGCAAAGCCAUCCACCUCCAAGAGAAGGUGUGGUUGAGGGAGCCGAGGCCGUUCAGCAGAUGGAUGAAAAGAUGGAACAUGGUAAGACCAGAAGUAGCCAUAUUAAUAGUGUAGGCAAUGGGGUCCUCCACCAAUCAGCAUUGUCAGAACCAAACAAGAUCGCUAAGGGGAAGCCAUCGUGGAUGGGGAGUCCACCGGAAUCAGUGCUCACUGAGCUGAAGAAGAGCAAGGAGAAGCAGCCAGACUGCCAGGACACCUGUGAAGGGGUUCAGGCUCAUCCAGAAGCAGGGGAGGAUGGGUCGGCACAGGUGCUCCGCUGGGGUCGGCUGUUUGGAGCUGGAAACACAAGCAAGAUGGAGAAGAGUGAGCCGAAACAAGUCAGAAAACAAAGAUUGCCGUCUGGUUGGUUGAGUCUCGACCGUUCUGUGCUGGAUCUGGUGGCUCAGUCUGUUGGAGUGGGGAAAAGAGCGGAGCAACAAUCUCUUACGUCUCAAAGCCAAGAAUCCCACCUUGGCCCAACUGAACAAGCACAAACACAGAAUCCCCCGACAUGGAGACAAGCCCCACGUCAAGUGAAGGCGUUAUGCCAUCAUAUCGCCACAGAGCCAGGGCAGCUCAGUUUCCACAAAGGUGAAGUGCUGCAGGUGCUCAGCAGGGCCGACUCUGAUUGGCUGUUGUGUGCUCUGGGUGACACCAAGGGACUUGUUCCCAUCAUAUACGUGACCCUGAUCGAAGACAGUCAGGAGCGCUGAAACUCACAGGCUCCGACAGAGACGGGAGUGAGAUGCAGUCGGGGACAAAGAGGAGGGUCACUGCACUUCUGAAUAUAAAAUCUGCUGCACAAGGGAGUCUGACGGAUUCAUUAUGUGCUUGCAUGUGUAUGUAAACACCAGUGCACACACACACACACACACAAACAUCCCACUUUGCUGUUGUGAAAGCACCCUCUUUGUUUCAGUGAACAGCAUUGAGCCAACCAGUGAUUAGAAAGUGUAGAUCUAGUUACUGAGUAGUGAAAUUGUUUGCAACGAGCCAUCAGGUUUUGCAUUUUAGCCUGUAAUCAUAAAUGUCAAUAGCUUUUUAAAAAGAAUGAAAAAACCAAAUGAAGUUGUUAGAUGACACUACUGGCACAUAUGCCUUGUCUUUACUAAAUACUGUACUAUUUUAUGUAAUCCAGAUGUUAACCAAUCAAUGUGUUGUGACAGAGAGUGUGAGUACGUGCCCUUCAGAGGUCAUCCGUGAACAUCUCUUUCUCACACUGUCUGUGCAAAUAACUGUAUGAAGCUGAAUAGUACAUCACUGAAAAGGGACGCCUCGGUUUUGAAGACGACGGAAAUUAAAGAUCAUUAACAUGUUGAAAAAGACUAAAUAUUUUCAAGGGAAAUCUACCUGUCCAUAUGCAUUUUUUUUUCUCCAACCUGUGCUGUUUUGACAGGUUAAUCGAUCCAAAAUCUCUGCCCCUUCAUUUCAAGAUUUUUUCACCAAUAAGGGACAGUUUACAGCAAGAUUGCCUGCAUGUGACUUGAAUGCAUCACAAAUGGUUUGCUUUUCUGAUGCGUAACGAGUUGAAAUAAGCUCAAUCUUUAAACUUAACUGUUCUGUUCCCUCCUAUAUUAACUUUUGCACAAUCUACAAAAGAUAAAGUAAGGGAAGAUGUGUCUAAUGUUUGUCUACUUUAGAUUUUUGGUUGUUUUGAUUUGGUUUAAGGAGUUUUAUUUAUUAAGAGAUCAGUCUGUAGAUGAACAGAUGGAUGUAUGGAUAGAAUGGAAUGGAUUUAUAGAGAUUUAUGGUGGCAAAUCUCUUCCCCUUUCAAUUUAUUAAAUUCAUGAGGUGAUUUCUUAGAUCUCUUAAAUAUCAUCCACAAACACUUUCCUCUGUUUUUGCAGUACAGAACACAUUUAGACAAGGACGGUGAAAUGCUAUAUUUAAUUCAAGGUGAGGCCUUACGGAAGGGAAUGUGUAUAAUGUAUUCUAUUAUAGCUUUAAAUUGUUAUUUCAGGACUUGAGUAUGAUCAGCAAUUUUAUUUAAAAUAAUAUUAAGCCCUUGGUAUGACACUUGACAUGCUUUUCCUUAAAUUAAAGUAAUCCUAUUUUGAUUUGAUUUUUCAAAUUGCUUUAUUGAGACAUCAAUAGAUGAUUGUCAAAGUAUGUUUUUGUUAAAAACAGUUUUAUUCUUUUCUAUUUUUAAAAUGCAUUUGUUAUUAUUUUGUGGAUUUGUAAUUGUAAAUAGUUGCAUUCUCAUGUUCUCAAGGAAUUACAUUAUUGACUCUAACAGUUAAUAACGAAAACCAUUCAGAUGUACAUUAUACUGUUAUGGGGAUGUUAUGAUUAGACAAAAAUGCUUUUACAAAAAACCGCAUAAU